AUGCUGGCUAGUAUUCUCACUUUCUACUACUCUGAAUUAGAUUUGGCCCCUUUGCUUCCUCUGCUUUCUCUUCCAGAUAGGGCUGUUAAACUGCUGGGAAGAAAUAUUCCCUCAAUUCUGAGGAUGACUAAAGGAAUGGAUCCGAAGAUAAGCAGAAGGCUUUGCAUCAAACCCCAGGAAGAAAGUCAACUUCAGCCAAGAAGUCGGACUCCUUUGAGGGUGCCUGGACACAAGCCUACAGACUGGGAGAAAAGGUUUUUGUUGUGGGCAGGCCAUUUCAAAAAACCAGAGGAUAUACCAGAGACUGUCUCGAUUGAAACAAUCAGAGCAGCAAAGACCACACUGCGUGUGAAGUUCAGCUAUGUAAUGAUUGCCUUGACAAUACUGGGAUGCAUAGUCAUGGUGAUUAAAGGGAAGCAGGCUGUAAAAAGGCAUGAAUCUCUUACAAGCAUAAACUUGGAGAAGAAAGCUCAAUGGAGACAGGAAGCUACUCAAAGUACAUCUGCUAAACCUUAGAGGAGGAAACGGAGAGACUAAGGACUGGAGAAGAAAAGCUGAUGUCCUUUUCAGCACUGGAAGGAAGAUACAGUCACAUCUCUCCUGUAUGUUAGUUCUGUACUCUCAUGUUCAAGAAAGAAUGAAUACAUUAUCCUGUAAUCAUUAAAACAGAAAUACCUAUUUUCUUUUCCUAACCACCUCUUCUUUCCUCCAAACUGUUGUCCCGUUUCACUAACCGUGAAGACAAGUGAGCAAACUGUAUAGACAGAAUAGUUGUUUCCAUCACAUCUGCUAUGCACAAGACUAAGCAUCUUUUAAAAGACUGCAGGAGCUGUACCUGCAUUCGUGGUACCAAUCAUCUCCUUUAUGAAGUCUUACGCUCGCUCUUACCACUUACGAGAAGAUAACUGGGACACAAAAGGACAGCCUAUUCGGUUUCCAUUUGUACAUCUAUACUUGUACAAACAAAAUACCUUCGCUGGGCAGUCAUCCGCUAUCACUGACUAUUUCACGUCCCUUCAGGAAGAAUGGUGCUGUAUGUAUUCUGUAUUGUUACACGCUGCCUAAAAUACUCCAUACGUUGCUCUUUGUGUAAGAGAGAACAAUUAUUAGGGGAGUCCUCGAGUCAGGAAUAAUUGUAUGACCUGUACUAACAUCAUCAAAAUGAUCGUAAGUUAUUAGAAAGUCUGCUUACGUGUUUGAGGUCCAGUAUGUUCUGGCUGCAUUUAAGUAAGUGAGGAUUACUUUUUGUGAAGAACUGCCUAAAAACAGAAGGGGGAGUGGUAGUGAAAUGGCAUUCCAGAGAACCAGUGUGAUGCUGAUGACAACCUAAUGGUUUUUACACCAGAGCUGGUAGUGAGAUGAGAGAAUGUCCAAGCCAAGGGAAUAGAGACAAGUGUUUUGAGGAAUACCGAGCAACAGCUUCAACCUAUGCUAUCAGAUUUACUAUUUAGAGGCACGUGAGUAUGAGAAAGACAAUCAGGCAUUCCUGCUCUCUGCUGCUGAGCUCUUUUUUCCAAACCUCAUUUGGAUUUAUGUUUUUCCACCCUUUAAAUUGUCAUCUGUGCUUUCCUGAUACUAGCUCACUUAAAGAUCAUUUGCUUCAAGUUUUAGAAGCAGCAGACCCAGUAAUACCUGCAAAGAGCAACUCCCAACAGUCCCAUUUCUGACAUUCAUCCCAGAAGAGUCACAUCCUGUUCAUGCUGAACAGCCUGCUGCAACUGGAGACUAGUAUUUUUCCUCCUCCUUUCAGUUCAUUUGGAAGGAAGUGUAGAUUGGGACUGUUAGGACUGUUCGGAACUGUUACUUCCCAGGACUGCCUGCUAACUGGCCGCUGGGGACACCACAAACAGAACAGGCAGAUGUGUUUGAGAUUUAGUUUGUGAACUUCCUGAUAGUGGGAGGCAGAUUUUUUUUUUUUUUUAACUUUUUCCUAUUUUUCUUGUACUACUAAAAAUUAGGCCUAUUGCUGAAAAACAUUAAAAACCCUACUAAAAAACGCAGGGUAAAUCUUGUCUUUAUACCUGGAAAAGAGAAGCAGUAAGAUACCUAGUACAGUCUUCUCUAGUACUUUGUCCUUUCCUCUAAAGCUAGAAAAUAACUGCUGCAGUCCACCUUUUUAUGAAUUGCAUUUCUGGGUACCACUUGUAUUGAUGAGAUGAAACCAAUCAAACAAGCUGUGCAGUCAUUCCACCACAAAGCUAUAAACUUCAGAUGAUGCCAUG